AUGGCGGCAGAGAACGAGGCCAGUCAGGAGAGCGCCCUGGGCGCCUACUCACCGGUGGACUACAUGAGCAUCACCAGCUUCCCGAGGCUGCCGGAGGACGAGCCGUUGCCCGCGGCCCCUCUGAGGAGCCGCAAGGACGAGGACGCCUUCCUGGGAGACCCAGAUACCGACCCGGACUCCUUCCUGAAGUCAGCGCGGCUGCAGCGGCUGCCGUCGUCGUCGUCGGAGAUGGGCAGCCAGGAUGGGUCGCCGUUGCGGGAGACGCGCAAAGACCCGUUCUCCGCGGCAGCGUCCGAGUGCUCCUGCCGCCAGGACGGGCUCACGGUCAUCGUCACAGCCUGCCUCACCUUUGCCACCGGUGUCACUGUGGCGCUCAUCAUGCAGAUCUACUUCGGGGACCCCCAGAUCUUUCACCAGGGCGCUGUGGUGACUGAUGCCGCCCACUGCACAUCGCUGGGCAUAGAGGUGCUCAGUAAACAGGGAUCUUCCGUGGAUGCAGCUGUGGCAGCAGCCCUGUGUUUGGGGAUCGUGGCUCCUCACAGUUCUGGCCUGGGCGGUGGGGGUGUGAUGCUGGUACAUGACAUCCGACGGAAUAAGAGCCACCUAAUUGAUUUCCGAGAGUCUGCACCAGGGGCUCUCAGAGAAGAGGCCCUGCAGAGAUCCUGGGAGACCAAGCCUGGGCUCUUGGUGGGGGUUCCCGGAAUGGUGAAGGGGCUACACGAAGCUCACCAGCUCUAUGGCAGGCUGCCAUGGUCCCAAGUCCUCGCCUUCGCAGCAGCUGUGGCCCAAGAUGGCUUCAACAUGACCCAUGAUCUAGCCCAAGCCCUGGCUGAACAGCCGCCACCCAAUGCAUCUGAGCGCUUCCGUGAGAUGUUCCUGUCCUCGGGUCACCCGCCGCUACCUGGCUCACUGCUGCGACGGCCUGACCUGGCGGCGGUGCUGGAUGUGCUUGGCACGUAUGGCCCCGCUGCCUUCUAUGCCGGUGGCAACCUCACAUUGGAGAUGGUGGCAGAGGCUCAGCAUGCAGGGGGUGUCAUAACUGAGGAGGACUUCAGCAACUACAGUGCCCUCUUGGAGAAGCCUGUGUGUGGCGUGUACAGAGGCCACCUGGUUCUCAGUCCCCGACCCCCACACACAGGCCCUGCCCUCAUCAGUGCUCUCAACAUCCUCGAGGGCUUCAACCUCACCAGCCUGGUAUCCCGGGAACAGGCUCUUCACUGGGUGGCAGAGACCCUGAAGAUCGCAUUAGCUCUGGCCAGCAGACUGGGAGAUCCCAUCUACGAUUCUACCAUCACUGAGAGCAUGGAUGACAUGCUCAGCAAAGUGGAGGCUGCCUACUUCCGGGGCCAGAUCAAUGACUCCCAGACAGCCCCUGUCCCGCUCCUGCCCAUCUAUGAGCUAAAUGGGGCUCCCACGGCUGCCCAGGUGCUGAUCAUGGGUCCUGACGACCUCAUUGUAGCCAUGGUCAGCUCCCUGAACCGGCCCUUUGGCAGCGGCCUCAUCACCCCCUCGGGGAUCCUGCUCAACAGCCAGAUGCUGGACUUCUCUUGGCCUAACAGGACUGCUAACCACCCUGCGCCCAGCCUGGAGAACUCGGUGCAGCCAGGGAAGCGGCCACUGUCUUUCCUGCUGCCCACUGUGGUCCGGCCAGCAGAAGGACUCUGUGGGACCUACCUUGCUCUGGGGGCCAAUGGAGCUGCCCGGGGCCUCAGCGGCCUGACCCAGGUNCUGCUGAAUGUCCUGACUUUGAACCGGAACCUGAGUGACAGCCUGGCCCGUGGCCGCCUGCACCCCGACCUGCAGACCAACCUCCUGCAGGUGGACAGUGAGUUCACAGAGGAAGAGAUUGAGUUCCUGGAAGCCAGGGGUCACCACGUGGAGAAGGUAGAUGUCUUGUCCUGGGUCCAUGGCAGCCGGAGAACCAAUAACUUCAUCAUCGGUGUGAAGGACCCUCGGAGCCCAGAUGCAGCCGGAGCUACCAUCCUGUAG